AUGAAGGCUGGGCAACUGAGGAGGUAUGUUAAUGAACUGGAAUUUAUCCAUAUAGUAGAGAAAAUUGUUGAAAAAGUUUGUAAAAGAGUGUUAGGCAGAGGGGUCGCCAUCAUGCAAAGGCAUAGCAAACUAUGUGUCUCCACAUCCACCUGCAUGUUCGGGCUCCAAGAUUGGGCAGACCUCCCGAAGGAUCUGUUGCAAUCAGUAUUCUCUCGCUUAGGCUCGAUCCUUGACCUUCUCGCCUUUGUUGCAACCUGCCGUUCUUGGCGGGUUGCAUUAACUUCAUACUCAUCCAAAUCCACCUUAUGCACUUUAUUCCCGCCUCUCCUCAUCCAACCCAACAUUCGUGUCCAUGUUCCUCAUCCUCCAUGUAACAAUGGUCAUCGCCACUUACAGGCAUAUAAAGUUAUCGAUCCAGCCAAGCAAAGUGCCACCGGCCUUCACUGCCAUAUUGAUGAAGAAAUUUUGCAGACGAUGCGUUGUGCUGGCCCUUCAUAUGGUCAACUCAUCUUCUACAACCGUGGACAUUGCGUUGUUGUUGAUCCUUUUAGAGGCACCAAGGUUUCACCUCCACGUCUCCCAUUGUGUGAUGCCUAUAGGAAGCUCAACUGGUCUGAUAUUCCAUUCAAUCAAAAAAUCAUGGAGCUCCAACAACUAGUUACAGAGUCUUACUGCAGCGCCAUUCUAACAGCUCCCCUUGCAUCACCAAACUCGCAUAUGCUUGUUAGCACCGGCCUCUCCUUAUUUAGUUGGCCGGUUGGAAGUGAUACUUGGUCUGAACUCCAGUAUUCUGGUGUACAAAUAAUUCAGAUUGUGGAAUUCAACGGCCAAUUCAUUGCCAUGGACCUUCGUCAACAGAUAUACACUUUGGAGGUGGCCCCCAAGCUUAGACUGCAGGAGAUAACCACUAACCACCCCCCUGACUUGACCAAGAGUUCCCAAGACCCGUCUAAAACAUCAUGGCUAGUGGUCUGCGGUGACAUGCUUCUGAUGUUGGUCCAUUCUUGCACGAGUAUUCACUACAAUGCCAGUGUGCCAUUUGUACGCACGGUCCAUUACCUUGACAUGUCAACCAAGCCUGCAAAAUGGGUGGAUAUGGAAAAGCUGGACAAUUGGGCCAUCUUCACGGGGAGUGAUAUCAGGAGUACAUCAUUUUCUUGCAUGAACCCAGAACAUUGGGGAGGAAGGAGCAAAUGUCUAUAUGUUGCUCGUUCCCCUAAACCUUGGAGUGAAUAUGGGUUAGGCAAUGAGCCAGAUCCAUCUGUUGAUCCUGUUCAUCAGCACUUCAGGAUCUGGUGCCACCUGAUGCAACCCCUUUGGGUGUACCCGAGCAUGCUCUAUUCGGGUGGCCCUUGA